AUGGCGAGCAAAUCAACGGCAACAGCUACCGCCACGAGCAGCACUAAUACAAACAGCUGCGGUAUCAAUAGUGCUACGAGUGGGAGCCAAGGUGCCGCUCCUGCGAAACCGCCUGGCAUCGCCAAUGCUGUACCACCAGCAAAGAAGAACACGCACCUUCUCCGCCUAUCGUCAUUCUACAGCACGCGCAUCCCACUUGGAAUCCGAGAGUUUGUGUUCCUCGGUCCGCUGCUGCUCAUUACUUUCGGCAUCGCUUACUACAUUCCGGUGCUUGUGCCAAUUGAGAAAUUUACUCAGGGUAUCACGCCCAACACAACACCGAUGGCGGACUACAAGCUGGAACCCAUCUACAAUGAGCACGGCCAACUAAAGGGGUACCGCCGCAUUUCGUGGCGUAAUAAUGAGAAGAGCGACCAAUAG